CUCGGCACGCUAGGACGUGAUCGCGACCGGCAGUGUUCUUUUCCGUGACCCUUUCACCAGUAAAGUGCAAACUUAAGUAUAACAAGUACAAAGUGAAACCUUUUCAAAUAACAACCUAAAAAAGUCCCUCAAAACAAUAGACCUCCAACACCGAUCCAACGUACAUUAUUUCCCCCUUCCUCGUCUUGAAUGUGGUAAACGAGUGCUGUACGAAGUAAUAAAAUCAUCUAACAACGAAGCGCAACAUACCGCACGGCUCGUGCAAUGGUGGUUUGCUGAUGGUUAAUCAAACAAGUGACAUGCAAAAGCUGUUAACGUCGCCGUAACGCUGCUACCGCCAGCUGCCAGUGUUUAUCGACCCCUGUCGCUUCAUCCGGAUGCGUAAUCUAACACCCUUCAACGACACGUUCCCCAGAGGCAUCCCAGCUGCCGGCAAACGAUACCACCACAAACAAACGUGCUUAGCAGGCGACAGUCAACAGCUGUCAAACUUUGUUUACGUUUAUCGAUCACAGGUCCGUGUCGCUUAGUGUCACAUAGAAAAGAGUACAAAUCGUGGCAAUCAAAAGGUAAAAUCCGCAUUGAUUUAUUGAUUCCGACCGAACACCGAAUACUUUAAGCAACGCGUAAUGGAGAUCCGGUGCGGCAUCGAUUUUUAACGUCCAUCUUCGGUAGCCGGUAAGCAGCUCCGCAGAAGAUGCAGCCAGCGGUGGUGCCUUCGGGGUGAUAAAACAAUUUACAGAAUCAACAGCAAAUCACUCCCGGUGGGCUCGUUUGCAUAUACAUACAUUGAAGCGCGCUCCAUUGCUCCGCUCGCAAGUUCCCAGCAGCUAUGUGUCCGCGCAAUGGGUUGUGAACAUUAUGCUAAAGGUGCGGUACAAGCUGCUUGAAACAACACACCCCGUGUCUGGUUAAUUCUCCGCGCACAGCUUCAUUACGCGUGUCCGCGCUCUCGGGUCGGGUACUUUCGAUACUUACUUGUCCAGCCGGUACGGCCUGUCCGAUGCGAUCGAUGUCGAUGCGCAGGGCCGGUGGAUAGGAAGGAAAAGCAUCGCUGGUGAAGCUUUUAACCAUGUUACGUCAGUACCAUUUCGUGCUCGUGUCCCUGGCGUGCUUCGCGGCUAAUUGCUGCAGCUCCAGCUCGGAGUACUUAAUCAUUCGGCAUGGCCGGUCGCGGGUACGUCACUCGAGCGAGAAGGACCACAUCCGUUGGGGCCUCCAAGUGUUCGACAACUUUACGCUGCUCGACUACGAUGCCGGUGGGAGUGGGUCGGGCGGUGGUUCGGGCAGCGGUAGCGAGGAAACACAGCCCGCACCGGCCAAGGAACCUUCAUCGGUGAACGGUGGCGCUGGCAGUACGCUCACGAUACGAUUUGAUGAGUCGGAAGAGCUGGAGCGCAUGAUUGAGCUAAGCGAUUUCGAUAACUUGCGCUUCAGCGCUACGGGCGUCCGUACCGGUGGACCGAUCGAGCCGGAAUCGAUCGCACCGCUACCAACGGUCCCGACCGGCCGGGACCGGAAGCUUAUCAAGAAGGAGAUAAUGGAAAACAUUCGCCGCACGGUCGACAAGGGGCUGGAGUACCUGAAAUCGCACAACAACCUGGACGAGGUGAAAAUCGAACUCGUACCGUUCCGUGGCACGGCGGACAAGCGUCACCAAUCGACGACCACGCCGGACGGUGGGAAACAGUCGUCCGACACGACGAUUGACAGCCGUGCAAGCAAUCGCGCGGAAGAGCAAUCGUACUGGGCGACGAGCAGCCCGACGGCCACCGUGUCCGGUCGCGGCAAAGCGUCGUUACCAUGGAUAGAUGGAAUUGCUAAAAGCGUCCGCGUACAGCGCCCGAACGCUCAAGUGUCCGCAUCCAAUCAACGACUAAUCUCGUUAGACGCGAUUCCACGAACGGCAAACCCACCGCUAACAGGCACACCAACCGCACCGCACGACCGGCCUAGACAGAUCGACCGGCGAGUCGAGAGUAGUUUCAUGGGCGAGCUGAACGCGAACGGUUCACCGAACGGGUGGAGCCCGGGGUCAAGGGUUGUGCCGAAUGGAGAGGAUUAUUCUAAUGACAUGCCGGCGGCCGUUGACAUGGGUAACCACGGUCGGACGGAGGAGCCGGGAGCGGAAGAGAAGGAGCAGGAGCGUGCGCCGGAGGACGUGGACGAAGAAGCUGACACGAACGAACAUCCGCCCAACAUCGAUGCGCCGCAGGACGAUGAUCCGCUGCUGCAGGACGCCGAAAUGGAGGACCCGAUCGAGGAGGAGGAGGAACCGUUCGAGGUGGACGGGUCGGACGUGGACAUUAACAAUGUUUUCCACAUGGAGGAGAGCGAUCUGAGCGAGCUGGACGAAACGAGCCGCAACAAUCGGCGCAACCUGAUGAAGGGCCGGGACGUGGUGACGCAGUUUCUCCAGAUCGUCGAGAGCCAGCAUCUGCUCGGGGCGAACUGUACCGCCGGGACGGCGCUCAAUCUCGGCGAGGGCGUCGUCGACCGGUACGCGCAGGAUCGGUUUCGCGUCGAGGCGGAAAUUGCCGUCAACCGGGCGAACAUGCUGACCAGAAUAUUCAAGUUCUCGUCCGCGGACGUACAGGCGUCCGAGCACCUGUUGCACGCGUCCGUCCUGUCGAUGGUCGAGUUUGAUGAUGAUAUUUUUGCCGGCGGAAACUGUUUCGACUGGAACCAGCAUCCGGCCAAGCGCGGUCUGUUCUGCCCGUUCGCGUACCGUCUGCCGCCCCCGGAUCAGGGCGCCUCGCUCGUCAAGGAUCUAGCGCUCGAGUAUCAUUACUUGGGCAACACAUCGGAAUGGUUUUUCCUCGCAAGGAAAAACGCCGAGAAGGUCAUCGCGCGCAACGAACAGUAUAUUAAAUCUUUUCACGUAUACACCAACAACACCGAGCGACAGGCGGACGAAAUUCUAUCGGUAAAGUACGAGGAUGGCCGGUGGUCGAAACCGUACUACGACUGCGGAGGUGGCAAUAUCUGGAUGCUUACGUACACCGUACCCUUCUUUGGGUACGAGAAUGGGACGUACUUUUUCAAAGGUACAUCUGGCAUCGAUAUCGAUUUAAGGCGCGUCGACAUUGAUCAGUGUCCGCAGAAGAACUCCCCAUCUGGGGCACCCCAGCCGCUGAACAUUUUCGCCGGCACGGACAAAUGCAAGCAGCGAACGACGGAGUGCACACCAAUUCCCGGGCUUGGCUUUCGCCGUGGGUCCUAUCGGUGCAUCUGCCGUAAGGGAUACUAUUUCCCCGAUACGACGAUCGAGCAGAAGUACUUCAACGGUAGCACGCUGGAAGAAGAGUAUGAAAAACUUAUGCUGAACGAGUACAGCACCUACAGCAUCGCGAACUCGUACGAAUGUUUACCGUGCGCCGAAGGGUGUGACUCCUGCGAGGAUGCAUCGCCUUGCGUGGCCGCCCUGAACUGGCCGAUGCGUACGUCCAUCCUGGUGCUGGCCUGUGCCGUCAUCGGGCUGCUACCACCGGCGGCCGUGUUUACCUUCAAGUAUCAGCAAGUGAAGGUUGUACGGGCGGCAAGUCCAGCACUGCUGCGAGUAAUUGCAUUGGGCGCAUUUUGCAUUUAUUGUACGUCGGUUGUCAUGUAUCCGCCACCAUCGCUCUACUCCUGCACCGCCCGCAUUUGGUUGCGGGAAAUUGGCUUUUCCCUAACGUACGGAGCAUUGAUGCUGAAAACCUGGCGGAUAUCGGUAAUUUUUCGCGUCCGUUCGGCGAAAGCGGUCAAAAUUACCGAUGCGUACCUGCUGAAGCGUUUGGGCGUGCUGUGCGGUUUCGUCGGAAUAGCGCUCCUCGUCCGGACGUUGGUCGCACCGCCGGUAGUGAUCGUUGGCCGAACCGCGGACAACCUGAAGGCGUUCCUGUGCAAAACGGACUGGUGGGAUCAUACCUUCACCUCGAUGGAGGUUCUGUUUCUGGCCUGGGGCGUACGGCUCUGCAUCAUGGUACGGAAGGCACCGUCCGAGUUUAACGAAAGCCGCUUCAUAUCGAUGGCGAUCUACAACGAAUUUCUACUGACCUGCUUCCUGAAUGUGUCAAUGUUGUUCCUGCAGUCACCGGCUAAUCCCGAUUUAUUGUACAUCAUAUUUUUCUGUCACACGCAGCUCACGGUCACGCUGCUGUUGGCUUUGAUUUUUGGCAGCAAGGUGUACCUGGUGUUCCGGGGCGGUGGCAAACAUCAGGACGAUCCGACCGGGCUCGGCAUCAAACCGUCCGGUGCCAAAUUUAUUAGCCGCUCGCACGGACGAACAUUCGCCAACGCUAGCAGCGUCACGACGUCUACCGCCCAGCUCGGGGCCAACAUGG